AUGCCCUCCAAGUCAACGCGGACGGUUCGGUCUGGACGCUGCAGUCCGUUUGAGUCCUCGGUUAUCUCAAUCAAAGGUGAAGGCCACUUUGGGCAGGAGCGAACCCAAAGUGCAACUUCCGCCUCUUUCUCGAGCCUCUCUCCUAUCGUUUCAGCAGCUUCGAUUGCCGUCGACCCCGCCAACUCCAAAUCCCUUCGGCUCGCUGUCCGCCUCUUCUUUCCUCCACCACACGACGUGCCCGUCCCUGCGUCUCUCGUUGCUAUCGCCCUUUCCAGCCAGUGUGGCUUGCCUGGGUGUUGCCAAUCUAUUUCACAUCUGAGUCCUUUCUUCUUUUCUGCAUCUGACUUUGGCCAUAUACCUCGCCAAUCAAGCUUUCUCAGAGCUGCCGUGUUUUGCAUAUUAUCUACGCAUCUGCCCAGUCCAGUCACGUCAAACUCCACUCAUCUCUCGGAUCUUUUCCAUUUACGCCCACCACGAGCAAGCAUGAGCUUCAAUAUCACAUCCGACGGUUCUCCUACCCCGCGCAAGGGUCCCGGCCGCUUCUCUGUAGCAGCGGACCUCAGGAUCGACACUUCACCAGAGGUACUAGGCCAGGUGGCAGGCUCCACAAUCCAUAAUCGUUAUCCGUAUUCCCUCUAUCGCGCCUUUGGCCCAUCAUUGACCUCUGGUAUGCAGGGUAUGAGGCGUCCUCUCGGUGCUUCUGCUCUGGGCAACCAGUCUCUGCUGCCGCUGCCGAGCUCCAUCGAUGGUUAUAAGAAUCCCAAGAUAGAAGCUCAUGAGGAGUCGGCCGUUGUGGACUCUCUACUGCAGCGUCUCAACGGCCGUUCCUCUCCUCCGGAUACCUACAACUCCUCCAGCGGCUCGGUACCGAUUACACCAGCCACUGAUGAGUUCGCUUCUACGCCUUCAACCGAGAUGGAUACAUCGCUCCUACUUGUCGACGCUGCCGAGCUUCGAAAGCUAAGGCUCGAGCUACAGGACGCGCGCAACGAAGUCGACCGCAUGAAUCAGGAAAUUCAUAGCCAGAAUGUUGCUCGCUCUACCAUGGAGCAUCUCAGCCAGUCAUCUGAAGCAGAUUACAGCUACCAGGGCGAUGUCACUGAACAGACCCUCACCCAGCUUCAGAACAAAUUCAAUGCCUCGACCCGAACUAACUAUGGUUGGAGCAAUGAACCUGCUCGUCCGGCAUAUACUAGCAGCAAUAGCUUCGCUCCGGCAUAUCAGGCACCGGUAUCAGCACGCCAGCCAGCCGUGCAAGCAGGCUUUCGCCGCAAUGAGUUUUUGAAUGAGCCUACCCACUUUCCCCUCGAUCAGAGUUUCCGCAGUAGCGGCAUGAGUAACAAUAGCCUCAAUAGUAGCAUGGCAAGUGGCAUGGCGAACGCCAUUAGCAACCCUCCUAGCCGGCCUGGAUCUGCUUUUGACCCGCUCUAUACUCAAUAUAAUAUGCCACAGAUGUAUCCCGUUGGCCACCACGCCCCAAUCGGAACGAUGAAUAGCGGACUCUCGCCUGAUGCUAGCGAAUUCAAUGUUGCUAGCAGUAUGGGCCCAUCCCCUUGGAACUCUCAGGUCCCUAGCGAGGCGGGUGGUCCACGAUACGUGCACCCAGUCGAACCAAUGAACUAUCGCCGCCUGCUCGACCGUAACAUGAGCUGCAACUGGAAAUAUAUCGUCGAUAAGAUCAUCUGCAACAAUGACCAGCAAGCUUCCAUUUUCCUCCAGCAAAAGCUCAAGGUCGGCACACCCGAACAGAAGUACGAGAUCGUCGAAGCCAUCAUAUCUCAAGCGUACGCUCUCAUGGUCAAUCGAUUUGGCAAUUUCCUCGUUCAACGCUGCUUCGAGCAUGGCACUCAGGAGCAGAUCAUUGCUAUUGCUCAAGCCAUUCGCGGCAAUACCCUAGCACUGAGUAUGGAUGCUUUCGGUUGUCAUGUAAUCCAGAAGGCUUUUGAUUGUGUCCCUGAAGAGUACAAGGCUACCAUGGUUCAUGAACUGCUUCGUCGCAUUCCCGAAACUGUCAUUCAUCGAUAUGCCUGUCACGUAUGGCAGAAGCUAUUUGAGCUUCGGUGGAGCGAUUCCCCUCCUCAAAUCAUGCGUUACGUCAACGAAGCUCUUCGAGGAAUGUGGCAUGAGGUCGCAUUGGGAGAGACGGGUAGUCUCGUAGUGCAGAACAUCUUUGAGAAUUGCCUAGAAGAAGACAAGCGUCCAUGCAUCAAUGAGGUUCUCGCCAGUAUCGAUGUAAUCUCUCAUGGUCAAUUCGGCAACUGGUGCAUCCAGCACAUCUGUGAGCAUGGUGCUCCUGCCGAUCGAGGUCGUGCUAUCGAUCAUAUCCUCCGUUUCGCUACCGAAUACAGCAUGGAUCAGUAUGCGUCCAAGGUCAUUGAGAAGUGCCUCAAGAUCGGAGGCAGCGAGUUUCUCGAUCGUUACUUGGAGCGUGUCUGCGAGGCCCGACCCGAUCGACCACGUAUGCCUCUUAUAGACAUUGCCGGUGAUCAGUUUGGCAACUAUCUUAUUCAGUAUAUCUUGACUAGCGCGGGCGCUCAACACCGCGAGGCUGUUGGAAGCCACAUACGGAAGCACAUGGUCUCGCUCCGUGGUUCGAAGUACGGCUCCCGUGUUGCUAUGCUUUGUUGCAACCCAGCUCUUGCUACACGCCCUGGACCGCCUACUGGUCUGAUCUCUCGUUACAGCAACCCCACGCCACGCAGCAACUUCGGUGCCUUCCACUGA